AUGUUCCCGCUGUGCCCACUGCUGCUGACCCUGGCCCUGGCGGCCGUCCCCGGCGUCCGAGGCGCCUGCCCGGCGUCCGCCGACCUGAAGAACGCCAACGGGACGCGCACUUGCGCCAAGCUCUACGACAAGAGCGACCCCUACUACGAGAACUGCUGCGCCGGCGCCGUGCUCUCCUUGGAGUCGGGCGCCGACCUGCCCUACCUGCCCUGGGACUGGACGAACGUCAUCUCCUCGAUCGUGGUGGGCCAGCGCUGCGAGCUCACCGUGUGGUCCCGUCGUGGCAAGGAGGGCAAGUCGCGCAAGUUCUCCGCCGGUAGCUACCCGCGCCUGGAGGAGUACCGCCGCGGCCUCUUCGGGGACUGGUCCAACGCCAUCUCCUCGGUCUACUGCAGGUGCCCGCCCGCCGGCCCCACCACUCAGACCCCUGAGCCUCUGACCCAAACUGAGCGCCUUAGAAGCAGUUUCCGAGGUCCCCCUUCUCCCCCAUGCCCCCUCUCCCAAGCCCAUGCCCCUUGGAUCUCCCAGAUCCAAUUCUGA